AUGGAGGAUUUCACAGAACAGACACUCUGCGACCAUGAAGCAGACCGUCAAACUCGCGAGGUUUAUCGUUACUUCCAGCCAGCAAAUCCAGCAGCGCUAAAUGCAACAUGGUCCCCCGGUGAACAUUCGACCACUUCAAUCGGGGUAUCUUCCAUCGCAGAUUCUGCCAAUUUUAUUGAUCCAGUUGUGGAUGAAGAGUUCCCCGAGACGGCCUCGAUCGAUGACAGCCCUCUGUACAGCCCAAAUACGACUUUGACAUCUCUUGCACAGCUAGCAGCUCUGCGCCUGAAUGCGCAACGUGCUAUAAUCACAAUCUUGAACCGCGACUCUCAGUUCGUAUUGGCCGAAGCUACGAGAACGACCAACGUGGGAAGCUCGACAUUAUUUGGCGAGAAGGGAGACAACCUCUUUGCUGGAACAUCCACAUUAUCGAGUACUUGGAAUAUUUGUCAGGAAACAGUCAAACUGCGGUCGGAUGAACAAGAUGGUGGAACAUAUCCUUUUCUUAUCAUCAACGACCUUGAACGUGAGGAGCACUUCAAGAAACUGCCCUUCGUACAAGGCGAGCCACACUCCCGUUUUUAUGCCGGCACACCUCUGACGAGCGAUAGCAACAUCAAUCUGGGAUGCUUGUUUAUAUUGGAUCCUGAGCCCCGUGAAGGGCUAGAUGAUAUAGAGAAGGAUAUACUUGGGACCGUGGCAGCGACCGUCAUGGAAUAUUUGCAGAUGAGUCGCCAGGCCGUUGAAGGACGCCGCGCCUUGCGGUUAUCGCAGGGCCUCCGUCUUUUUGUGGACGGAAAUUCCAGUUUCGCCCAGAAUGUUCCCUUGUCGCGCUCGAACAGCUCAAGCUACAGCCCAAAUGCAUCGCCAUAUCGUAACACCAGUCGAUCUACGAGCUCUCUAAAUAGGGGAUCCAAUCCUCAUGCGGCAGAGUUUGACGAGGAGAAUGCGCCCCUUAAAGAUGGCGACCUACGAUCUUCGAGUCGACUUUCUGCGGAGGAUUCGGACAUUGGCAUAUCAGCUAGCCCAGCUCCAUCAUCGCAAAGCUCGAGACAAGGCGACAACGGAUCGAUGGUGUCGAGCAACGCUGAUUGGCUUUUUCAGCGAGCUGCGAACCUCUUACGACAAAGUCUGGACCUUGACGGUGCCGGCGGUGUGAUGCUUUUGGAGACCGACGAUGGUUCGCCGGACGGCAGUCCCCAUAGCCAUUCUUCUCUCGCCGAUAAAAAUACUCCUGGGCCGGUUCUUGCACUGUCGACCAGAGAGGAUCCGUACUCAUAUCAAACGGACUCUGAGAUAUCGCACCCAGCUGUAAAACUCGACAAUGCCUUUCUAAAUCAAUUAUCUCGCCGCUAUCCCAAAGGUCGGCUGUGGUCAUUCCAUCGUGACGGGAGUCUGUCUACUUCGGAUGAAGAGCAGUCCGUUGGAGCCACUCGGAGAUAUAAUCAAACUUCCAGGACCUUCGAAGCCAACAAACUGAAAGCCUACUUCCCCGACGCCAGCCAAGUCAUGUUUGUUCCAUUAUGGAAUGCUACAAAUAUGCGGUGGCUUGCAGGCUGUUUCUCCUGGACUCCCCAGUCGACACGAGUCUUCAGUCGGGCAGUCGAUCUGAGCUCAAUGUUUGGCUUCGCUUCUUCCGUGAUGACCGAAUACAGCCGUAUGGAAUCAAUCGUCGCAGACCGCCAAAAGGGUGAUUUUAUAAGCAGUAUAUCCCACGAACUCCGCAGCCCAUUACAUGGCGUUUUAGCAGCCGUCGAGUUUUUGGGGUCUACUCAUUUGGACGACUUUCAAGACUCUCUUCUCGAGACUGUAAAUGCAUGUGGUCGGACUCUCUUGGAUACGAUGAACCAGGUCUUGGAUUUCAGCAAAAUAUUGUCCUUGGAAAGGCAGAAGAAGAGGCACAAACGCAGAAAAGAUCCAUGGAGGCCAAAAGUCCCAGACCGGUUGCCAGCGCGAAUGGAUCUACUUAUUUCAACCAACGUUGCCAUCUUGACAGAGGAAGUUGUGGAUAGCGUGUGCUUAGGGCAUUCCAAUAUCCAAACGUCAAAAACGACAACAAACCAUCCCAUUGGCGAGUCACAAACUGCAUCAUUCACCUCAUCCACAUCAUCCACAAAGAACAGCCAAGUUGGCACCACUUCAGGUGUGGAGGUUUUCGUCAAUAUUAGUGAUAAUGACUGGAUUUACAACGUCCAGCCCGGCUCAAUGAGGCGUUUAAUCAUGAAUAUCUUCGGAAACUCACUGAAAUAUACCAAAAAGGGCCAGAUAUCCGUCUCAAUUCAGGCGACCGAUAACUCAAAGGGCCGUUCUCGGCGCCAGGGUCUUGAGGACGUAGUGACGUUAACCGUUUCGGAUACAGGUAAGGGCAUCUCAAAUGAGUUCCUUCAGACACGUCUAUACACCCCAUUCGCACAGGAGGACACACUUUCAGUGGGUACUGGCCUCGGUCUAUCAAUCGUUCGCGAAAUUGUGAGAACGCUCAAUGGAAACAUCAGAAUCAAAAGUCGAGUCGGCGAAGGCACUACUGUCAAGGUGACAAUUCCCCUCGAGCGUCCAGUAGGGGGAAAAAGCCGGUCAUCGACACCUGGCGUCGAGAAGCCGGAACAGGAGCCACUUACAGCAUCUUUUAAACUACGUCAACUGGACUUGACAGAGAAGCGUGCCGCUAUAUGGGGAGUAGAUCCUUCCCAUCUGGGCGAGUACUCAUUCUGGUCUUCAAUUGCGCAGUAUAUUACAGACUGGUAUGGCUUGAAGCUAGUGCCCUGGUCCGCCAAUGAACCUAUUGAUCUUUUGCUUGCAAGCGAAAGCGAUUUGUCUGCAGAAGGAUAUCCGCAUUUGCACCCCACAUUGCCACGAAUGCUUAUUUUUCGCAACUGCCUAGGCAGCUCGAGUGAUAUUAGAACACAAUGGCCGCACCUUGCUGAUUCUAUGGUGGUCAUUCGGCGACCAUGUGGUCCACAGAAUCUUGCCAGAGGAAUCUUGAAUUGCCUUUACCCAAAACCAGCGUUUUCGACAUCACCUGCCCCAUGUUUGAAUCCUUCUGAACAAAACCUUGUGCACCGUCAACGAUCGCGGCUCUCAGAUACGAAUCCCUCAACUGGGACCUCCCCGACAACGUCGUCUGAACAGCUUGACACACCGGGUACUCGAUCAUCCGAUCCUAUGCCAGGUUCCUGCUACGGCCUAGAUCCUGCAAAUCGGAAUACUUCUAGCCAGUCUCCAGAUACAGAAGGUUCAUAUCGCCUCACAUCUGGAAGCGACUCUUCCAUCCCUCAUGCACCUUCUUCCACUUCCUCCACCUCCUCCACCUCCUUGCCCAGUGACUCAGCUCAUAUGGCGACCUCAUCUGGAGCCCAAAGCAAACCUCGGGUAUUGCUAGUCGAUGACAAUGACAUCAACCUUCGACUUAUAAGGGCUUUCAUGAAGAAAUGUGAUAUCACGGCUGUAGAUACAGCACAGAAUGGCAGAGAAGCCGUCAACUUAUUUGAACAGAUGUUGUUGGGAUAUGAUCUCAUUUUCAUGGACAUGUCUAUGCCCGUGAUGAACGGCUUUGAAGCAACUCGCGCUAUACGUGCGAUUGAAAAAGAGCGAGAUGGCUGCAUUCCAGCCAAGAUUAUCGCCUUUACUGGACUCAGUAGCUCGCGCGAUGAGACUCAAGCAUUGGACUCAGGAGUGAACAUUUUCCUUACGAAACCUGUUUCGUUCAAGGCAGUAUCGCGGCUACUUGAAGAUUGGGAAAUUAGACUGCCAAGAUGA